AAGUGCCGGGUCGGGCAGGAGACCGCGCGCGUGGCGGUCCAGGACAAGAAGAUGGCGGCCAUGGAGGCCGAAGAGAAGCCUGGCUACACCCCAGAUGGCAAGAGGAUCGUCUUCCCGGUGGGCGACGCUUUCUUCGGCGACCUGGCGGACUUCGGCGGCGAGUCGCAGGCCACGAUCCAGGAGGCGGCGAAGCAGGCGAAGGAGAUCGGGCCCCCCCCCGCCACGAGGGGCCGGUUCGACCAGGAGGGCACCGCGGCUGUCGGCACGGGCUCCGCCGGCAGCGGCCAGGAGGCCGCGCGCUACCCCUGCCGGGCGAGCGCCCGCAGGUUGACGCCUCCUGCAGUGACGGCGCCAACGACGAGGGGCUCCGCGAGGCUGGCGACAUCUAUCCAGCGCGAGGCAGCGCUCGGGGGGGCGGAUGCCGAGAUCGAGUCUGAGGCGGCGGCGGGCGCGCCCGCCUCUGCCGCGAGCGUCAACGACGCCAGUCCCGUUGCGCGCGGCUGCGACGCGACCGCUGGCGUCCAGACUUGCUCCGCGGUUCCAGCCUGUGUUCAGAUGCAACCGACGCAGCCCCCGAGCAACAUCGAUUUCCGCAUCUUCUUCGCGAGUAUAUUGGAGCGGGGCCCAGUGGCCUCCAAGUUCUUCCAGGGCCGGGCCAGCGAGUGCGCGCGAGUCGGCGCGCUUGAGGCCCGCGCCCGUGCAGAAUGGCUCCUGCCUGCCAAGGCUGAGCUGUCCAUGGAUGGGUGGUGGGUGGUCAGCGCCGGGGCUAUCCCGUGGG